AUGGAAGUUCACCCAAUCCUUCUCUGCGGGGCGGUAGUUACCGGCUCUGCUCUUGCUGUGGGUUUCACAAGGCCGUCUUCCAUCCUCCGCCUUGCUGUAGCGCCAGUUCUUGCACUCUGUUCGUUUAGAUGCACCACCACAAGCAUAGACUACAUGGUACGAAGCCCCUGGGCCGCCUUGGUAGGAGCGUACUCUGUCACAUUUUUCCUGCACUAUCUCGAUAUUGCACUCCUCCGGGGCUGGUCCUUCGAAUUCGGUGGACCAUCAAUCGACCCUGGUACCGGUCACAAUAUAGCCGAGUAUACCAAAAAGGAUCGAGCAGACAACAGCUGGGAACGCUUGAAGUUUGGCUUUGCUGCAACAUUUUCAUUCCGCCAUAUUGGAACCCCAUAUCAAGUCAAGAAUGUACCACGAUUCAGCAAAAAGAAUCCAGAAUAUGUCCCGUCUCGAUCUAGGUUCUUGUUAUGGACGGGCUUUAUAUUUACUGCAAGCUAUGUCUUUCUUGAUUUGGUUACAUUCAAAGUCGAUAUAGAUACCAACCUAAAAUACUUUACUCCCAAAAACAUACCAUUUUUUACACGGUUACCGAAUAUCUCAAGGGAUGAGAUCGUGAUGCGCGUGAUAAGUACUGCCAUUUCUGGGAUAACAAUGACAUGCAUCCAGAGAGGCAUCUACAGUCUUGUUGCAUUUGUAAGCGUGUUUCUGGCAAUCAGUGAGCCGCGAGAAUGGCCUCCAUUCUACGGACCUGUCUCGCAGGCCUUUUCAUUGCGAAGAGCUUGGGCGAUAUCCUGGCAUCAAUUUAACGCAGCAAAGUUCGCUUCUGUGUCCAGUUUCAUCGUCCAGCGUGUCCUGCGCAUCUCUCGUGGAACUCAGGUGUACCGAUACGCAAGGCUGGUUACUAUAUUCGCUAUCUCAGCAUUGUUGCAUAUACUAGGUGACGUGGCUGCUGGAAUCUCUUUCUCUAGCUCUGGGGCGGUGCGAUUCUUUGCCACUCAAGCGUUUGGAAUUAUAAUUGAAGAUAUCAUUGUCAGUAUAUACUGCAAUUUCUUGGUCAAAGAUAAAUCCCACAAGUAUCAUCUUCUGGAGAAAUGCGUUGGAUUUCUAUGGGUUGGUAUAUUCAUGGCAUGGUCCUCCCCAUCAUAUAUCUACCCCAUGCUGUACCGUGUGAAUUCUGGGCAAAAUGACUCCAUAAUUCCAUUUAGUAUCAUGAGAAAUCUCAUGGCCGUUGAGUGA